GAAACCCUAUUGCUUUGUACAAAUUGAUCAGUUUUAAGAAAUCAGGAAUACAAUUCUCUUCUUAAUUCUUUUGCAAGAACAGUUUUGUGUUGCAAAGACGUCAAGCUGCUAUCAUCAUAUAGACCGCCAGCUAAGAAGAACAGCUCUAAGAAAAUGCUUGCCUUGCUCUCAGACCUAAAGAGAUGCCUGUCUUGGAUAUUUUACUGUUAAACUCAUAAAAAUGAAGGAGGUUUCUCUGAGUAUUCUGAUUUGGUGUUUUUUGGCUGCUUUUGUGCAUUGUGAUAUAAGUGCAGCACGUCCUUCUGGUUUUGACGCAGAAAAGAAAUUUGACUUGGCAUUACAGAAGAGGUAUGUAUCUGUGCCUAAGAGGAUUUUAGGUUCGAUCAAUCUUCUGACUGAGCAAGAGAGCAGGAAUAUGGAGAGACCUGGAUCACAGAGUAGUGAUGAUCUAAAUGGAAAGUGGAAAAGGGGUUGUAACCUGCUCACCUGUUCAGUACAUGAUCUGGCCUACCGCAUCAGCCAGCUCAGUAAGAAAAGAAAUAAUGCCCCAAUACACAAGAUCAGUCCCUGUGGCUACGGCCGAAGACGAAGACGUUCCCUCCUUCACCGCUUCAUCGGUCCGACUUAUGAGGAAUGCCAUCUGAGACAUCACUCAACUGAAAAACUGAAAUAGCCUUCAAC